ACUUCAUUGUUCAUUCACCUCUCAAUCACUGUCUCACUCUCUCCUCUCUCUCUCUCUCUCUCUCUCUCUCUCUCUCUCCAGCCUCCAGCCUAAUGAUGUGAGAUCCGUAUACGAAUCACACAUACAUACACUGAGCUUAGCUGUUCAUGACGCAAAUGCUGGUGAUCAGAUUCUAUUCCUCCCCUCUCCCCUAGCUACCACCACGGCUGCGCUGUGCUCUGCUGUUGCUCACAGCGACCAACACCGACACACCGACUGCUUCUUCCCUCCCUCCCAAUCUCUACCCUGUGCUGAGGCCACCACCCACCGUCCCGGUUCGGAGCUGCAGAGACCGCCUGCGACAGCCGGAGCAAUGCUGGGAGCCAGACCGAAAUCUGCGGCGGCAGAGAGCAAGAGCGGCAAGACCACGCCGCCGACGCCCAAGGGUGGGGGCGGCAGGCCGAGCAAGCCGGGCCCCGCCAAGCCGGCCAAUGGCACUCCGCCGCAGGCGCCGCGCGCCGCAGAUAGGUCCCCUGGUUCGGCGGACAAGCCGCCGUCUGGCGACCGCCGCACGCCCAAGGUCUUCGCCCGCCUCAGCACGCCGCCUGCAGAGAAGCAAAGCAGCGCCGUGAAGCAGUCUCACGAACUGCAGGCGCAGCUCGCCGCGGUUCAGGAGGAGCUGAAGAGGGCAAAGGAGCAGCUGGUGGAGAAGGAGAAGGAGAAGGGCCAAGUCCUUGAAGAGCUGGAGGAUGCCAAGCGGCUGGCCGACGAGGCCAAUGCGAACCUGCUGGUCGCGCUCGCAGCGCGGAAGAAGGCGGAGGAGGCCUCCGAGACCGAGAUGUUCCGCGCGGUCGAGCUGGAGCAGACGAGCAUCGAGUCCAUGCAGAGGAAGGAGGAGGAGCUGCAGAGGAAGCUGGAGAGCAUGCGGAGCCAGCAGGAGUCAGAUGCUGCCGCCCUGCGGUCCACAGUGGAGCAGCUCGAGAAGGCUAGGUAUGAGCUGGCUGAUGCGAUCGAUGCCAAGAACUUGGCGCUCAAUCAGGUGGAUGAUGCUAUCCGGCUCAAUGAAGUGAAUGCUCAUAAGGUGGACGUUCUCAACACAGAGGUUGCUCGCCUGAAAGAAUUGCUUGACACUGAGCUGGAUAGCAAAGAGAGAGAAGGCGCUGAGCAAAUCAUGAGGCUCGAGGCGGAGGUCUCUGCACUGAAGAGUGAGCUCCAGAAGGCAAAGGAUGCUGAAGAGAAGGUAGCUGAAUUGGGGGAUGUGAUCGAAGGGCUGAGAGUUGAUGCUGCCAAUGCUAUGAAGGCCAGAGCAGAGGCAGAGGAGCUAGCUGAUGAAUGGAAGCAAAAGGCUGAAAUUCUGGAAAUUAAAUUGGAGGCAGCCAACCAGUCUUACAUGUUGAAGGUUGAUUCCUUGAACUCAGUGAUGAAAGAAUUGGAUGCAGCAAGCACCUUGCUUUCAGAGAAAGAGUCUGAACUUUCUGACCUUCAGAACAAGUUGCAGGCCUUGGAAGAUGAGGUAGCUAGGCAGAAUGAAGAUAUUAUUGCAUCUAAUGAGCGUCUUGAUGUUGCUGAGAAAGAGGCGUUUGAACUGAGGGAAGAGAUCAAUGAGCUUCAGUCAAAGCUCCAAGCACUGGAAGAAGAGAAGAUGGAUGCUAUUAACAAUGAGAACAAUGCAAGUUCACAAAUUGAGUCAAUAUGUGAAGAGAAAGAGAGGCUGGCUAAGGAACUAGAAACUAGCAAAGAUGAGUAUGAGAAAGUUAAGAAGGCCAUGGAAGAUCUAGCCUCAGCGUUGCAUGAAAUGUCCGGUGAGGCAAGAGAGGCACGGGAGAGGUAUCUGAACAAACAAGAAGAGAUUGAGCGUGCCAAAGCACAAAUCGAGGAGCUCAACAUGAAUCUCAAGAACACCCAGGAGAACUAUGAAGUGAUGCUUGAUGAAGCAAACUAUGAGAGAGUCUGCUUGAAGAAGACGGUGGAGCGAAUGGAGGCAGAGGCGAAGAAUACAUCUGAGGAGUGGCAAUCCAAAGAGGUCAGCUUUGUGAGCUCCAUCAAAAAGUCAGAAGAAGAAAUAGGUACAAUGAGGGUUGAGAUGGAUAAGGUGGUAGAGAAGGUGCAAGACUGCGAAAAUAGAAAUGCUGAGCUGGAGGAGAAGCUGAAGGAGCUGGAAGCUCAGGUAGAGGAAGCAAACAGAGCCAAGGAUGAAGCCAAAGCUGAAGCUUUGAGCUGGAAAGAAAAGCUGCUAGACAAAGAGAAUGAAUUGCAGAACAUAAAACAGGAGAAUGAUGAGCUACAGGUCAAAGAGUCGAAUGCUUCAGAGAAGCUGAAGGAGCUAUCUUCCGUGCUUGGCAAUGCUAAAGUGCUAAAUGGAACAGGUCCAAAAGAUGAGAAUGACAAGGGAAAUACGAAGGAUGAUGAUCAUGUAGUGAUCUCUACAAAGAUGUGGGAGAACAGCAAGGUCACUGACUACGAUCUAUCUACAGAGAAAGAGAAAGAUGGUGAAUCAGAAUUUGAUCUGGAGUCCAACAAGGGAGACGCUGCCUCUGACGGCCACAGGCUGUCCAUAGACAACAGGACGAACAACAACACGAAGCUGGCAAUCAAGCAGCAGCAACCGAAGAAGCCUCUCAUGAAGAAAUUUGGUGGUUUGUUGAAGAAGAAAAGCCAGCAUUAGAAUAAAUCGAACCAUCUCAAAGAAAAAAAAAAGUAUAUCGAUGUAUGCCAUGGAUGACUAUUUCUCUAGCUUCACCUUCACUUUGGUUCAGCAGAACUGCAGGGUUCGCCGUAAAGAUAAUAGUAUAAGAAGUUUCAGAAGAGAACAGAAGGGUGAUGUAUUUGCUUCCCUUUUUCUGUUUAAUUUCUUAUAUUGUGCAUGUUUUGAGGAGCAUUGAUACUCUAGUCCAUGUAUUUCUUCGCCUGCUGGGGUAAUGUUAAUGUAAAGGGAAUUGGGAUUUCGAUUCAUUUGUUCCCGUAUAUACUUCACAGCAUUUGUGAGUGUAAAAUAUUUGUAGCAGAGAACCAAGAUGGAGCUGCACUUCCUCUGUCUUGAUGACUUGAGUUGAGUCCAGUGUGAAGGUCUGUGAACAGUGCAUGUCAAUGUACUUGAGCUA